CUCUCGUCCAUCCAUCCCAACCGAUCUGAUCGGUCAUACAAGACAAGCUCUUCCACAAACCAACCAGCCGUCCAGCGAAUGAUUAUGCACACGGAUGGGAUGUCGCGGGUCUGGAUGUCAUGUGACUGACGGAGCACCUACCGUGUGAGUGAGGGACUUCAUGAAUUUGAGAGAAUCCGACACAACGGACGACCCAAUCUCAUGCCGAAGAGACUGAGUCAAACGUCAAGGUCGAGUUCACCAAAUCCAUGAAGUGCCCUCCCUCUGAAUGAAUCAGCUGAUAGGCCCACCCAAUCCAGUAUCGACGGGCCUCGCUAUACAGUGAGUGACUGAGUGAGUGAACGGUGGGCAGGCACAAUGCACAGCGGAGGCAUCGGCCGUGGCAGGCGGAAUCACAUAGUAGGCAGGAAGGAAGGUCUGCGCAGAGCGGCCCCUGCGCACCCAGUCGAUCACGUUAGUCAGCCAUCUAAGCAGAGAGAAACACAGAGCUCCCCUCCCUCCCUCCCUCCCUCCCUCGCCGCCUCUUCCACUUAAUUAUAGGAGGGAAGUAAAUAAGGGGGAGUGCUCUACCGUACCGAUAGGCAACCAUGCACCCCGCCACGCCAGCCAGCCAGCUACGCAGCCAUCAAUCAGUCCACCCAGCCACCCUUUCGUCCAUCCCUCCCUGAACGACUUUCAUUCAGGUCGGUCUGUCUGUCUGUCUGCCUGUCUGUCGACUCGACCCGGCCCGUCCGUCUUUCUUGGCAUCGAUCUGAUCUACCGUACUGAAGUCGCCUGCCUGCCUGCCUCGAUGGCUCAAUCAAUCUACACUACACACCACACCACAGUCUACCGUGGCCGCAUCACUACGCCAGCUCUACGAGGGCAUCUCCAUGGGGUUCUUGACGGUCUUGAUGGUCUCGGGCAUGGUGUUGCUCGCCGGCCGCUUGAGGGGCGACUGGGGAGUGGGCCCGUUGAGCGAUGGAGCUGCAGCGGCGGCCGUGGCGGUGGUGGCGAAGGGCACAUUGGCGGGGGCACUCUUGGAGGUGCCCUGACCCCCGCCGCCGUGGCCGUUGGUGCUGACGACAGCGCCGCCCGUGACGGCUUUGAGUCGGGCUGCCGUGCCGCCGUGGGCGCCGGCUUUCUCGUCCUCACUGUUGGUGGCGGGGGACCGCUCGGCGCCCGGCUCGCUGUUGUGGAAACCUGAUUGAUACACGAAUGAGUGAACAGAUAGUUGAUAGACUGAUGUGCGGUGGUGGGGUGGGGGUGGGGUGUGGAUUGGAUGGGUGCGGACCGUACCGUACCUGCCCUGUGGUAGCACUCGUCGAAUGAGGGCAGGUGGAGGCCGUAGUCCUCGUAGUCCGCCUGGAGCAUCUCGUACGCCAACGUCUGCACCCACACCAUCAUGGCACCGGCAUCAGAUCACAUCACACAGACGCGGUAGUCUGUCACAUGGGUGGUGUGUCUGUCUGUCGGCUGGGUUGGGUAGCCUGUUCUGUUCGCUCACGUAUAGGGUGUUUUCGGGCCGCCAUCCGAGGUUGGUGCGUGCCUUGGUGGCGUCGCCCAUGAGCUGGUCCACCUCGGCCGGACGGAAGUAACGCGCAUCCACGCUCACCAACACACGACCUGAUGGAUUCACAGAUGGACCAAUCAGUGAGUGACAGAAGGACACCGUCCAUCCAAGUACUGCACUGAGGUGGCGUCUGUUCUGUUGAGUGAGUGUAUGCCCGCCCACCAGUGGCUUUGUCGACUCCCUCCUCGUUGAGUCCUGCUCCGCGCCACUCGAGGUUGAUGCCCGCCAACGCAAACGAUAUCACCGUGAACUUGCGAACCGAAUGCAUCUCACCUGCACCGCACCCAGCACACAGCACAUACACCCGGAUGGUGUGUGGUGUGUGGUGUCAUCUCCCACUACUCCAAUCAUUUAGAUAUCUGACCAGUGGCGAGCACGUAGUCCUCUGGCACCUCCUGCUGCAGCAUGAGCCACAUGCCCUUGACGUAGUCCUUGGCGUGACCCCAGUCGCGCUGCGCAUCCAAAUUGCCUGAGUGCACCCAGGAGCCGAACCAAGGCAACAAAUCAGGUGGGUGCUCAUGUGAUGGGGUGGGUGUCCUACAUGUGUGUGUGUGUGCGUGUGUGUGUGUGUGUGUGCAUGGCGCCUCUCAAGCCUAGCAGUGUGUCUGUUAGGGUCGAGCGCAAACCAUGGUGCUGACCGAGGAACAAUCGGUCCUGCUUGCCGGCCACGAUGCGCGCGAUCGCCUGGGUUAUCUUGCGUGUCACAAACGUCUUGCCUGCAGCAGCAGUGACAGACACAAGGCAGGGUUGUUGGUCGCAUCGCAUCAGGUGCAUGGGAUGUUGUUGGGUGCAGUCCGGUGCGUGACUGACCUCUCCUGGGGCUCUCGUGGUUGAAGAGUAUGCCGUUGACGCAGUACAUGUCGUAGGCCUCCCGGUAGUUGGUCACAAUCCAGUAGCUGUACACCUUGGCCGCACCUGACAUGCAUGACAACACACACAUCACGCAACGUUACACAACACCACACAACACAACACACAAGUGCCAUCAGUAAGUAGCACAGGGCGUGUGCGUUGUGUGUGUAUGGGUCCCUGCCUCACCGUAGGGCGACCUAGGGUAGAAUGGCGUGGUUUCCUUCUGCGGCACCUCCUGCACCUUGCCGUACAUCUCACUCGUAGACGCCUGGUACCUGCUCAGCUCAACCACAACACAUGUUGGCAGCAGUGUGUUGCGGGUGGGGAUGGGUGUGGUUCGUGUUGUGUGUGUUUCCUUACAGGCGAGUGGUCUUCUCCAGCCUGCAGGUGCGGAUGGCCUCUAGCAGGCGGAGUGUGCCCACACCCGACGCCUCGGCAGUGUACUCGGGCAUCUCAAACGAAACCUUGACGUGGCUCUGAUACACACACACAACAACACACACACACACACACAUGACAGACAGAUGACCCGAAAGCAGGUGCCCAGGUACUGCACCUGUGCCGCCAGGUUGUAGACUUCAUCUGGCUUGACAGCAGCGAGGAUGCUGCACAAGUUGCUGCUGUCCAGCAUGUCGCCAUAGUGAAGCUUCACAUCUGCACCACACGCACACACACACACCCCACACACACCCUACAGAUCUCCCACACGAGACACCAUUUCCGCCUCCCUCUGCGUGUACCUGAGAAUAUGUGGUCGAUUCGCUCCGUGUUGAAUGUGCUGGACCGCCGAACGAUGCCGUGCACAGCAUAUCCCUUCUCCAACAGCAGCUCAGCGAGGUACCUGAGCUCCGAACACACAAAAUGACAGAUCCUGCGCCUGCCCGUUACUGGUGGUGUGUGCAUCAUCACGUACGAGCCAUCUUGGCCUGUGAUGCCCGUGAUGAGCGCCGUCUUCCGCAUCCGCCCGGCGGUACAAGUGGCGCGUGGGCGGCUGCACAGGGAGACCAAGGGAAGCUGGCGCAGGGCACGAAGCGGCACAGAACGGCAACACAGGAAAGACACGACUAUAUUGUUGACGGUGGAAGGAGAAAAGUUUUUGAC